GACGGAGGCGGCGGUGGCGACGACGACGACGACGACGACGACGGCGACGACGUCAGGCGACGUCGACGACGUUCUCCGUCGCGUACCCCGCGCUACUCGUCACCCAAUCCGCUCGUAAUCGCGUCUGGACGAAUUAUUGGGGCUGCCGAUUAACAUCGCGAUCCUACGAAAUCCCAGAGCAACCCCAAUAAUUGGAAAAUGUCCGGAUUCGCAGCGGCGGGUCUCGUAGCCUUCGACUCCAUCAAGAAUAAAGCGUCGCUAAAAUUAUCCGAACUUAGAAGGAAGAAGGAUCAAGGUUACGAGGAGUUCGCAGGCUCGCGCGAGGGUAGCAAGGACAAUAGAGGGUUCGAGGAUGAGAGAGGAUACAGCAGGCAUGCCUCGUUCGAGUCGCUUCCGGAACCGGAAAGGCCACCGUUACGUCAUAUUGAUACAUAUUGCAUGCCGGAAUGUCCGUGCCUUUCCAAAAGGUACACUAUCGCGUCGCUGGCUUGCGUGGGAUUCAUCAUUUCGUUCGGCAUGAGAUGUAACAUGGGGAUGGCCAAGUUGGUGAUGAAAAACAGCACGGAGGGCGAGAACAACACUAUCAAAUUCAAUUGGACGAUCGGCAUGGAAAGUGCUCUCGAUUCGUCCUUCUUCUGGGGUUACCUGGUGACCCAGGUGCCCGGCGGCUUCCUCGCGUCGUUGUAUCCCGCGAACAGGAUAUUCGGCGCCGCCAUCGCGACAUCUUCCUUCUUGAAUCUGCUGGUACCCGGCGCGUUGAAGGUGGACCCUAUCGUUGACAUGAUGGUGCAAGUGAUGAAGGGACUGGUCGAGGGUGUCACAUAUCCGGCGUGUCACGGAAUUUGGAAAUACUGGGCGCCGCCUUUGGAAAGAUCACGUCUGGCCACGUUAGCAUUUUGCGGAUCUUACGCCGCGAUGGUGAUAGGAAUGCCACUUUCCGGCUACUUGAGUGCCUGGUUCGGCUGGACGGCGUCGUUUUACUUCUACGGCAUCUGCGGCCUGGUUUGGUACUGUUUCUGGCUGUGGCUGGCGUUCGAGAAGCCGGCGAAACACCCGUGCAUCUCCGCCCGCGAGUUACGCUACAUCGAGGACUCGCUCGGCCAAGGACAGAUGCAGAUACCGGUGCCCACCCUGUCGACGACGCCUUGGCGGAAGUUUCUCACCUCCAUGCCCGUGUACGCCAUCAUCGUCGCCAAUUUCUGCAGAUCGUGGAACUUCUAUCUGCUGGUGCUCUUUCAACCGCGCUUCAUGCACGAGUCCUUCGGCAUGCCGCUCGUCGAGACUGGAGUCAUCGGGUCGCUUCCGCAUUUAUUGAUGACGAUGAUCGUACCGUGCGGCGGGCUGCUGGCGGAUCAUCUCCGCAAACGCGGCAUCAUGACGACAACGAAUGUCAGAAAGCUCUUCAAUUGCGGUGGUUUCGGCAUGGAGGCGCUCUUCUUCCUGGUGGUGGCACAUGCGACGACGUCCAAGAAUGGAACCGCGGCUACGGUCGCCCUCGCGAUCGGCGUCGCGUGCAGCGGUUUCGCCAUUUCCGGUUUCAACGUCAAUCAUCUGGACAUCGCGCCCAGAUACGCCAGCAUCCUGAUGGGCAUGUCCAACGGGAUCGGUACCAUCGCUGGUCUUCUGGUCCCUUUCUUCGUGGACAACAUCACGGAGAAGAAGGAUCCGCACAGUUGGCGAAACGUUUUCAUCAUUGCGGCGUGCGUUCACAUGUUCGGAGUGACGUUUUACGGGAUUUUCUGCUCCGGCGAAUUGCAACCCUGGGCCGAUCCGACUCUAGAGGAACAGAAGUCCUGGAAUGCCAUGGACGAGUUCGGACAAACGAAGCCGCCCGUGCCACCUCCGCCGAAAACUAUGCAAUCUGAAUUUAUAAAACAACCGUCCCACGACGGAGUCACCGACGACUGGAACACUUACGAGCAGCCGGCGCCUGAUAAUUACUUGUACGCGCAACAGGACAAUAAAGCCCCCGUGAUAAGCUACGGUUCGACGGACGAGACCAACAGCAACAAUCCGUUCCAUUCGACGAAUCCGUUCGCCAGUGACGUCAGCGCGUCAUUCGUGCAACCCCCGGCGACGGACGACUAUGCGCACGACGUCGUGCACAAUCAGCAGUGGAAUUGAGAAUGGUCAGCCUCCGGAUAGAGAGAUCGGAUACGAGAAGAGUAGACUGCGUUUUCCCAAGAGGUUGUAAGUCACUUCUUAUCAUUAGCCGUCAAAUCCGCCGGUUCCUCGGACAAGCCGCGUUCGCCAUUAAACCGGAACUCGCGAAAGUCUAAUUGUAAGAUUCGUCCCUAAUCAGAUUCGUCCCAAGUAGCAAACAUACGUCAUUUGAACAUUUAAUGACGUCAGUUUGCUACUUGGGACGCUUUUGUUUCCGAGGGAGAAAGAUCGUCUCCUCGUUUUGAGGGAAAUCAGGUAAACGUCUCGUUUGAUUUUCUCUCCUAAUAAUUCUGAUGAUAAUUUGAAGGGAGUGCGAGAUACUAUAGACGUAUUAAAUGCAAUUUAAUUUUAAUUACAACUACCGUUUGAUAUUAAUUAUUAAAUUGUUUAACGAAACUCGCAGCGUGUCUGAGGAACGUAAUAUAUAUAAAUAAAGUUUUAAUGAUUUAGUGAUUCUUUACGAAUCGCAAAGUGCAGAUAGUUAAAUGUUAAAAUGCACAUUUUUAAGUUUGACGUUGAAGACUCUCGGUAAAAAGAUAUCCGCGAUUUUUUUCUCUUCUAUUAAGUGUAAUAUCUAAGAGUGCAGAGAAUGGCUAUGAAUGGCUACGUGAAUGAUAACCCAAGAAAUGACACAAAAGGGAUUUUAUCUCGGCUACGUCGUUGAAAAUUAACGAGAUUCAUCGACAGUAGAUGAAUAAUCGAACGAUUGUUAUUUAUAUAAACUUUAUCGGAGAUACAUAUAUUCUUUACAAAACGUUUUGCGAUAAACGAGGAAAAUGUUUUUCUCUAGUUUUUGCUAGGAGGAAGGAUUUUAGAUUCGCAAUUUUCUUCACCGGCCUUUGUGCAUAUUAUUUUCAAAUCAAAGUAAACGAGAAACGACGUCGAAAUUUUAAAAAUACAUCUUAUAUAAUUAAUAAUUAAUCGCGUUUAAUAUUUUUUGAAAGAGAUGCGAUAAUUCACAAAACACGACGAGUACAUAUUAAUUCUUUCGUGAGAUACAUUAGAUGAAAAAGAAUGUUACCCUAAUUUAUAGGACAUCGACAGUCUAAAGAAGAUUCUUUAAGUCAUAAAAAAAUUGCAGAAUGUUUAAUUAGGAUACCCGAUAUCCGCGAAGUAUUUGCGAAUGUCUUUUUUAUAAGAGAAAAAAAUAUUAAUAGUGGAGAUGCUGCUUAUACAAUAUAUAUUAGUGACGAGAUCGAGAUAUCGUCCCGAACUGACAAUAAUAAUUCAAACCACCUUAGACAAUAAUAUUCUCCGUGGACAAUAAUUAAUGGCUAGGUUUGAAGGAAGAAAAAAUAUAGCAAUCGCGAGAGAGAUCUCGAUGAGCGCAAACAUGGCUCAAUCGCUGAAACUUUUAGAUAUUUCUUCUUCUCUCCCUCCGGGUUUUUCUUGUGACUUUUACGAUUAUUAUUAAGUUACUCACGCGAAGAAACAUAGCAAUAAAGAAGGGGAAAAGUUUACAACUCGAUAUAAUAAAUCAAUAUAUUCAAACGACAUAAAUCGUUUGUCGAAAUUAUAAAAUUAUACGCGCGACAUCUUUACGCACACUUGGAUGUAUCGAAUAUAUAAUUAAAUUUGGAAUAACAAAUGGAAUUUUAUCCGUAUAGCAUAAAUAUUCGGAGAAAUUAUGUUUUAAAUAUAUAUAUAUUAUAUAUAUUUAUUUUGCAUAUUCGAGAGUUGCAGUAUCCAAUUUUCCGGAUACUCCUUAACUCUCGAAGAUAUAUGUUGACAUAUGACACAAAUUAGAUGAGACUAAAAAGUGUUUACGAGAAUAAUUAAGUUUGUGAGAUCCUGAAUGAGAUAUUGAAUUAUCCAAGAAAUAUCUAGAAAAAUUCAGAAUAUUUAUGUUAUAUGGAUAUUGCGUGUGCGAAGAGUUGAUGGGCAAAAGAAGCAUCGAAAAACCGCAAAGGGGAAAGUGGAACUAUUACUUAAUUUUUCAUUAAUAUUCGCCAGAAGCAAAGUGCGAGAGAUAUAGCAGAGAUCGGGACGAACGUAAAAUUGUUGAUUGAGUUCGCGACGAUUGCGCAAAUCGAAAUUCCAAAAUUGAUUUGAUAUCUGGCGCGAGUUUUCUCACUAUCCGAGACAAUAUCUCUGAAAGUAUAUAGCAGCCUAUAACUUGAAACGUAUUGAAAGUAUUCGUAAGACAGUGAUAACGAAAUGAAAGUAACAUAAGAAAGUACCGAUAAGCUAUUAAGUAGACAAAUCGAUGAAAAUGAAAUAUACAAAGAUCAAAAUAAGAUUGAGAUAUUUAGAACAAAAAAAGAUAUAUAUAUAUUAUAAACAUUGUCUAGAUGUAUUUCAU